AUGUCCGGCAAGAUCACACACGCGACCAUCAAGGAUGGCUGGUUCAGAGAGAUCUCUGAGAUGUGGCCGGGCCAAGCCAUGACUCUCAAGGUUGAGAAGGUGCUCCACCACGAGAAGAGCCAAUACCAAGAUGUCCUCAUCUUUAAGUCGACCAACUACGGCACCGUCUUGGUUCUUGACAACGUCAUUCAAUGCACCGAGCGCGACGAGUUCUCCUACCAGGAGAUGAUCACACACCUCGCCAUGAACUCUCACCCCGACCCCAAGAAGGUGCUCGUCAUCGGUGGUGGUGAUGGUGGUGUCCUCCGCGAGGUUGUCAAGCACGAAUGCAUCGAGGAGGCUAUUCUCUGCGAUAUCGAUGAGGCCGUCAUCCGUCUUUCUAAGGAGUACCUCCCCGGUAUGGCCGAGGGUUUCAAGCAUCCUAAGGUCAAGGUACACGUCGGUGACGGCUUCAAGUUCCUAAACGACUACAAGAACGCAUUCGACGUUAUCAUCACCGAUUCCUCGGACCCAGAAGGCCCCGCUGAGAGCCUAUUCCAGAAGUCUUACUUCCAGCUGCUACACGACGCUCUGCGUCCCGGCGGUGUUAUCACUACUCAAGGUUCCGAGAACCAAUGGCUCCACCUGUCGCUCAUUACCAAGCUAAAGAAGGAUUGCCGUGAAGUUUUCCCCGUCGCCGAGUACGCCUACACCACCAUCCCCACCUACCCCUCGGGCCAGAUUGGCUUCAUGGUCUGCACCAAGGACGCCGAGCGCGACGUUAAGGUACCUGUCCGCCAGUGGAGCAAGGAGGAUGAGGAGCGCCUGUGCAAGUACUACAACGCGGACAUCCACAAGGCUAGCUUCAUUCUGCCUACUUUUGCGGCUAAGGCGCUGCAAUAG